AGAUCAAGCUCAGUCUCGGGCUUGGCUUCGUCUUGCACCCCCGACCCCUCCCCCUCUUCUUCCUCCCGAUUGACGUACCAGGGCCUUCCGCGGAGGAGUUCUUACAAGGUUGCGAUCGGGGUGUGCGACGGACGAACAGUUAGUGUGUGUGUGAGCUAGGUUUCAGUGGUGGAUUUGGUGGAGCGGCGGAGAAACUUGAGCCGGGGAGGAGUGUGCGCGUGAGUUUUUUUUUUUUUUUUUUUUUUGCUUCCCCCUUUUGGACGGGGAAAUGGUUGUUUGAGGAUGUGUAGUUGGGGUGUGUAGGAGAAGCUUGUUCGUUUUCCUUGUGUUGGAUCUUUCCCUUUGUGUGAGAGAGGUGAGACGUGUGAGCGUUGGGUGGAUCCGGCACAAUGUUGACCAAGUUCGAGACGAAGAGUAACAGGGUGAAGGGGCUGAGCUUUCACCCGCGGCGGCCAUGGAUUCUUGCCAGUCUGCACAGCGGUAUUAUUCAGCUGUGGGACUACCGAAUGGGGACGCUCAUUGACCGAUUCGAUGAGCAUGAUGGGCCAGUCAGGGGCGUCCAUUUCCACAAGUCGCAGCCCCUGUUUGUAUCUGGAGGGGAUGAUUACAAGAUAAAGGUAUGGAACUACAAGAUGCGGCGAUGUCUGUUCACUUUGUUGGGUCACCUCGAUUACAUCCGGACGGUACAAUUCCAUCAUGAAAGUCCGUGGAUUGUGAGUGCUAGCGAUGAUCAGACCAUCCGCAUCUGGAACUGGCAAUCUCGCACAUGUAUUUCUGUACUCACCGGGCACAAUCAUUACGUGAUGUGCGCAUCCUUUCACAUUAAGGAGGAUUUAGUGGUAUCUGCAUCAUUAGAUCAGACUGUGCGGGUUUGGGAUAUAGGAGCAUUGAAGAAGAAAUCCGUGUCUCCAGCGGAUGAUAUGAUGCGACUCACCCAGAUGAACACGGAUCUUUUCGGAGGAGGUGAUUCCGUGGUGAAGUAUGUUCUAGAAGGUCACGACAGGGGUGUCAACUGGGCAUCAUUCCAUCCCUCUUUGCCGCUAAUUGUUUCUGGAGCAGAUGAUCGUCAAGUGAAGCUUUGGAGAAUGAACGAUACAAAGGCAUGGGAGGUGGAUACUCUGCGGGGGCACGUAAACAACGUUUCUUGCGUCAUGUUUCACGCGCGCCAAGACAUCAUUGUGUCAAACUCCGAAGACAAGAGCAUUCGUGUGUGGGACAUGUCGAAGCGCACUGGUGUUCAGACCUUCCGAAGAGAGCAUGAUCGGUUCUGGAUUCUGUCUGCCCAUCCAGAGGUGAACCUUCUUGCUGCUGGUCAUGAUAGUGGAAUGAUCGUCUUCAAGCUGGAGAGAGAGAGACCUGCUUGUGCGGUUCAAGGGGGCACUUUAUACUACGUGAAGGAGCGCUAUUUGCGCACUUACGAUUUUGCUGCUGGAAAGGACAACCCUCUUAUUUCCAUUCGGCGAGCAGGGUCCAUGGGUCUCAAUCUGGGCCCGCGAUCCCUUUCAUACAACCCAGCUGAGAAUGCAGUUUUAUUAUGUUCAGAUGUUGAUGGUGGUUCUUAUGAGCUCUAUAUCAUCCCUAAGGAGAGCUCUGGCAGGAGUGAGGCAGCUCAGGAGGCAAAACGUGGUUUAGGUUCGUCAGCUGUCUUUGUGGCAAGAAACAGAUUUGCUGUCCUGGAUAAGAACCAAAACCAGGUUCUUAUCAAGAAUCUGAGAAAUGAAGUGACCAAGAAAGUAACUCUUCCUUCUCCAAGCACAGAUGUGAUCUUUUAUGCGGGAACUGGCAACCUUCUUUGUAGGUCAGAGGACAAAGUCGUGCUCUUUGAUCUUCAGCAACGUGCCACACUGGGAGAGGUCAGCUCUCCUUUUGUGAAGUAUGUGGUCUGGUCUAGCGACAUGGAGAACGUUGCAUUGCUUAGCAAGCAUGCCAUAGUUGUGGCCACCAAGAAGCUUGUGCAUAAAUACACUGUUCAUGAGACUAUUCGUGUGAAGAGUGGCGCAUGGGAUGAGUCUGGUGUGUUCAUAUACACCACCCUCAACCACAUCAAAUAUUGCUUGCCAAAUGGAGAUAGCGGAAUAAUUCGGACACUAGACGUCCCAGUGUACAUCACGAAAGUCAGCGGAAACUCAAUCUACUGCUUGGAUCGGGAUGGCAAGAACCGAGUGAUGCAGAUUGACGCUACUGAGUAUACAUUUAAGCUAGCACUCAUCCAGCGCAAGUUUGAUCAGGUGUUGAACAUGAUCCAAAGCUUGCAACUAUGUGGACAGUCCAUAAUUGCAUAUCUGCAGCAGAAAGGAUUUCCGGAGGUUGCCUUGCACUUUGUAAAAGAUGAACAGACUCGCUUCAACUUAGCUGUUGAGUGCGGCAACACCGAAGUUGCUGUGGCAUCAGCCAAGGAAAUUGAUCAGAAGGAUUGCUGGCACCGCCUUGGUGUAGAGGCCCUACGCCAGGGGAACCACGAGAUUGUUGAGUAUGCAUACCAGAAGACAAAGAACUUUGAGAGACUUUCUUUCUUGUAUCUUAUAACUGGUAAUGUGGAGAAGCUCGGAAAGAUGCUGAAGAUUGCAGAAAUGCGUAAUGAUGUCAUGGGGCGCUUCCACAAUGCACUUUACCUUGGGGAUGUUCAAGAAAGAGUGAGGAUUUUGGAGGAAACUAACCACUUACCUUUAGCGUAUGCUACGGCCAAAGUUCAUGGGUUGACAGAAAUAGCCGAAGAGUUGGAAAGACAGCUUGGUGACAAUGUUCCUUCUCUCUCUGAGGUAGACAAGUCCGUUUUGUUAAUGCCUCCAAGACCCAUUCUUCAGGAAAACAACUGGCCGUUGUUGGUGGUCAACAAGGGUCUCUUUGAGGGUGCUUUUCCAGGAGCUGUUGCAACAGCUGACAUAGAAGAUGAGGAUGUAGCUGCAGGGGCUUGGGGACCAGAAAUAGAUAUUGUUGAGCCAGAGGAGGGUUUCAAUGGAGAGGCAGUGAUUGUUGACGAAGAAGUGAUUGGGGAUGAAGAAGAGAGGGGUGAUGAUGAGGAAGGAGGCUGGGACAAUUUGGAUCUAGAUAUUCCAGCUGAUGCGGCCGUACCUGAAGUUUCACAUGAGGCUGCCUAUUUUGUUACUCCUUCCGCAGGAAUUCCAAAAAGUCAAAACUGGAUUCAGAACUCGUCUCUCGCAGGAGAACAUGCUGCUGCUGGCUCUUUCGAUUCAGCUAUGAGGCUGCUAAGUCGUCAGCUUGGAAUCCAGAACUUCACACCUUUGAGGAAUGUUUUCUUGGAACUUCAUUUGGCAAGUCAGGCCCUGCUACCGACUUUAGUAUCUGUACCAGGACUAUCCCUGUUUUUGGAGCGAGGAUGGACUGAUAGUUCACCCAUCAAUGCCAAGGGAUCACCUGCUAUUUUGACGAAGCUUUCCUCUCUUGAAGAGAAGCUGAACGUUGCAUACAAGGCAACUACGGAUGGGAAGUUCACUGAUGCUCUUCGGUUCUUCCUGGAUAUUUUGCACACAAUCCCUGUUGUUGUUGUGGAUUCUCGCAAGGAAGUGGAUGAGGUGAAAGAGCUUCUUGGGAUUGCUAAGGAGUACACUCUUGCGCUUAAAAUUGAACUGAAGAGGAAAGAUCCGGCAUUGAAAGAUGAUUUGAAGCGCCAAUGUGAACUUUCUGCUUAUUUCACGCACUGUCAGAUGCAACCCACUCAUUUGAAGCUAAGUUUGAUGUCAGCUAUGACAAUAUGUUUCAAGUCCAAGAACUACAGCACCGCUGCCUCCAUCGCACGAAGACUCCUAGAAUUGAACUUGUCCCCGGCUAUGGCAAGCAAGGCUCGCCAGGUCUUGCAAGUGAGUGAAAGAAACCCUAAGAAUGAGAUUGAGCUAAACUAUGAUCCUCGAAACCCCUUCGUCGUCUGUGGAGCUACGUUCACUCCAAUUUACCGUGGCACCAAGGAUGUUUCAUGCCCAUACUGCAAAGCACGUUUUGUUCCAGACACUGCAAACAAGCUGUGCCCUGUUUGCGAUCUUGCUCUGGUUGGGGCUGAUGCCUCAGGCCUACUGUGCUCUACUUCCCAGAUGCGUUAACUUCUGAGUGUUAAUGAGGGGUGGUAAAAAUAGAUAGAGAAUCUGGAGGUUUUGCACCUUAUUGGGUUCCUUAGAAGUGCUGCUGUGCCAGCAGUUUUGAAGAAGCCGAAGGAUGGUUAGGUCUUAUUGAAUGCUCUAUGAGGGAGUGUAGUAGGUUUCGCUUAGACAUUUCGAUUCAUUGUACUUUAUUUACACAGUAUAAGUCCUUUAUUUUCGACAUCU